AUGAAGACACAAGCGUUCCAUGCCAAUCCAAUAUCGGGAAGCAUGCUUCCGAAAGGGCAAAAUGUCACUCCCAAGACCUUUACUUCUCGAUUAGAAUCCAGAAGUGACUUUGGAGCUAAGGAAGUCGUUACCCGAAAUGAAAAAAUUGAAUAUACCAUCAUGAAUAUUUAUGAUCGAAGGGCCGACGAAGAGAACUUGAAAAAGAAUCAGAGACAGCUCAAUGAAAUUUUGACAAGAACUCUCUAUGAAGCACAAAAGAAUUUGAGUGACUUGUCCAGCUUGACCAAAAAGAAAUUGGGUCCAAAAGCUUUACUGUAUCAACAACAGUCACUGGAUGACAAUGAUCCCUUGUCAGCAUUGGGAGAAGUUGGAAAUUUUGAAACUCCAACAGAGGAUGAAACUGCAAAACUCCAGAAUUUAACUGGAGUAAAUAAUUCUAAUGAGAAAGUGGAUGAAGCUGGAAUGGGAUCUUUUCUAAAGAAAGCUACGAACAACAAACUCAAUUCCUUAACUGAAAAUCUCAUGCUCAAUCAAUUGAUAGAACUUGUUGACAUGAAAAAGAGAGAAAAGCAACAAAUGGGAAUAUUCGAUAAUUCUCUCAGAGAAAUAUUUCUUCGUACGCGAUCCCUCAUUGAGAACUUGUGGGACGAAAUGAAUAUUGAGGACUCUGAAAGGAGAGAAUUUUCAAAGAGACAUUUUUAUCCAGAGACUCUCAUAAAUUAUGUCAAUAUUUUCAGAGAAAUUACACGAUUAACUGGAGUUCGCUCCAUUCAACACAGCGUGUUGACAAGCUUGGAACAACGAGAAGUGUAUAUUAAGCGACUCAAAGAAAUUGCCAUGCAUUUCAAUGGAUAUAGACCUGGAAGCUCCUCGCUCAUGAGUAAGCUUCAGGACCCAAUGGUCAAAAAUGAAAUACCAACCAUUGUGGCCAAUCUAAGAGAUGUAACAAUAGAGUUGGUAGAAUCCAUAAUUUUAUGGAGAAGUCAGCUCACUAAAAAGACCGUUUUUCUGUACAAUGGAGAAAACUACAUGCUGAAAAUGAGAAAUGAUACCGACUUUUUAAAGCUGACAGAAUUAGCUCCUCUCUUUGAAGUGGUUGGAAUUUCCGUUUAUUCUAACCCUCUCUUACUACCAGAUGACAUUCGACAAAACUCACAACUGUCCUUCAACGAUUAUGUCAAUGACAUUAUGAAUGAAAAAGGAGAACGAAAACAAAAAACACAUAGUGCUGUGAGUCUUGUUCAACAUUAUCAAUCGAAACGAGACAAUGAUAAGAAGCACACUAUACGUUUCAGUGAAGACAGCGCCCUACAAAAUAUUCCUCGAGUGUUGAAGAUGAAUUUAUCAUUUGCAUAUAUGGAACGAUUAAGGGAAGCAGAUCGUUUAAUUUUCCUUGAGGAAAUGUAUGUCAAAUAUUUGGAAGACAGAGCCUUGCGGGAUCAAGCAGCCACAAAAAUUCAAAGCCAAUGGAGAUCCUUUCUUGCUCGUAGAUAUAUGAAGCGACUUCGAAUGGAAACAAAGAAAGCAGCUGAGUUUUCCAAUAGUGGAACUGCUCAGAGCGGUCCAAAAAAGCUUCUCACUCACUCAGACAGUACUCUUAUGGCCAUGACAAAAGAAGUGGAAUCUCUUACAUCCAAAGAUCUCAAAGUGGAAUUGGAAAAGAAUCGAAAAGCUGACGUUUUCUUGGAUUCUCUAAAUAUUUCCGGCAGAUAUGCUACCUCAAUUUUUGACUUUGAAUAA